AUGGAUUCCCCAUCUCCCCAGGGCCCCUCGGCCCAAAACUCACCCAAACCCGACCAGGCCAAACUCGCUCACAGACCAGCCAAUCGUAAACAAUCUUCUGAUUCUUCCUCGAAUACCCAAAAUGCACCUAUACCAGAUGACAAACACGGUGCCGAUUUGCCAAUGACCAUGUCCGCCUCGGUGGUGCUAACCAGCUUACCCCGCGAUGCCCAUCAAGCAUUGGCGGACGCUGAGGCUGUCGAUACGGGGAAAGUUACCGUUCGCUUUCAGCCACUGCCUUCAGCUCCCAUCCUGAAGAACCGUGUGUUCAAAAUCAGUGCCUCACAAAAGUUCGAAACAGUCGUGAAGUUUCUCAGGAAGAAGCUGGACUGUAAAGAAUCCGACUCGGUUUUCUGUUAUGUCAACAGUGUGUUUGCUCCUGGCUUAGACGAAGGUGUGGGUGGUUUAUGGAGGUGUUUCAAGACUGAUGAGCAACUUAUUGUUGCUUACUCUAUGACGCCCGCUUUCGGCUAA